CGCCAUUGCUACUGCUUGUAAUGUUUCUGUCGUUACCGUAUACAUUAAUGGGUGACAUGAGGUGCGGGUUCUGCGGCAAGACUCCGGUGCCAUACCCCCUGAGCACCAGGCCCAACUGCGGCGACCAGGCCUAUAAAAUCAAGUGCGAUUCGAAUACAAGUACACUGUAUCUGGACUCAAAGGCUGGCCUACCUUACAUGAUCACGUCCAUCAACUCCAAAGCGCAACGAAUGGUUAUCAGGCCGCCGGAAGUGAUCCCAAACACCUGUUUCUCCCAAGAUUUCAAGAGCGAAGGCUUUCAGAUCGACGAUGCGCUUCCCUUCAACAUCAGCAGCAGCAAUACGAUACUGCUUCUAAAUUGCACUGACAAUAUGUUGCAGGUGCCUAUCAACUGUUCGGCCAAUUGCCUAUGUCACACUUACAUUAACAACACACCAUCAGCUGCUGCGUGUAGAAAGGAGAGGUUGUGCUGUUCGUUCCGGACAGGGGGUUCACAGAAUGCGUAUAUCAUACGUGUUCAUGCAAAUGGGUGCAUGGGAUAUCAGAGUUAUGUGAAUCUGGAUCCUGGACUGCCCUUUGCCAAAUGGCCUGCGCCUGGUUUGGAGCUCAUGUGGGCGACGCCACAGGAGCCGCCCUGCAAAACAAAGUUAGACUGCCGUGACCUGCCAUUUUCGAAGUGCUCGCCGGAUCCAUCCAAUGCUGGGCAGAAGAGGUGCCUUUGCAAGAAGGGGCGGUACUGGGAUCCUGCCUCUGGAUAUUGUCAAAAGUGUCGACGUGGAACAGGAUGCAAGUAUCAUAAGAAUCACACUCCUGUUAUUGGAUCUUCUGUCGGCGUGCUUGUGCUCCUGGCCCUAACGGGAUUUCUAGUGUACAGGCAGCGAAAAUACAUGAAAGAAACAGCACGAAAGACAUUAAUCAGAGAACGAGAGGAAAUCUUAAACGCCAAUCCAAGCGGAAAAUCAGCCAAAAUUUUUUCAGGAAAAGAAAUCAAGAAAGCAACCAGUGACUUCUCCCGGGAAAACGUGCUCGGUUCUGGUGGCUUCGGCGAGGUCUUCAAAGGCAUUCUGGACGAUGGAACUGCUAUAGCUGUCAAGCGUGCCAAGCCUGGAAAUUCCAAAGGCACAGCUCAAGUCCUGAACGAAGUCCGGAUCCUUUGCCAGGUUAAUCAUCGGAGUCUGGUGAGAUUACUCGGUUGCUGCGUAGAGCUCGAGCAGCCUCUCUUGAUAUAUGAGUACGUUGCAAAUGGGACCCUCUUUGAUCAUUUACAUAGGUCUGACAUGCGCAAGAGGUCGCCACUGAGCUGGUUGCGCCGUUUGCUCAUCGCCCAUCAAACAGCUGAUGGCCUUGCUUAUCUCCAUUCUUCUGCUGUGCCCCCCAUUUAUCAUCGUGAUGUGAAAACGAGCAACAUACUAUUGGAUGAAAAUCUCGAUGCAAAAGUGUCUGAUUUUGGGCUCUCGAGACUGGUUGAGUUGAGUGAACAAGAUUGUACUCACAUUCACACCUCGGCUCAGGGGACACUAGGGUACCUCGAUCCAGAAUAUUACCUCAAUCUCCAAUUGACUGAUAGGAGUGAUGUUUAUAGCUUUGGCGUGGUUUUGCUGGAGCUCCUGACUUCUAUGAAAGCUAUUGACUUCAACAGGGAGGAGGAGAAUGUCAACCUGGUGGUGUACAUGAAAAGGAUUUUUAAUGAGGAAAGGUUCAUGACUGUGAUUGAUCCAAUGCUUAAAGAGGGGGCUUCUCAAGUUGAAUUGGAGACCAUGAAAGCAAUCGGGGAUUUGGCUGCGGCAUGCUUGGAUGAACGAAGGCAGAAUCGCCCUUCCAUGAAAGAAGUUGCUGAUGAGAUUGAAUGUGUUAUUAGUAUCAUUACAGGUGAUGAUCCGAAAACAUAGGCAAUUUUAACAUUCCAGGUGAUAGGGAAUGACCUGAUUAGCAACUAGAAAUCGUUAUUAUUCAAGUAUAUGAAGCUCUCUGCUUUUUUUUUUUUUUUUUAUCUGAUUUCAUUUUUUUUGUUUUUUUCUCUUUGUCUUUUCCCUGAAAUCGUAAAUGUCUCAUUGUAGGUGUUAAUCAGAACUAAUUUUCAUGAAAUCUAACUCCUAAAAAGAUUCCACCAACAGCCCGAGUUAGGCUUCAUUCUAUUUUGGACCAACUUACAAAUAUCAGACAAGAACACAUGUACUAACCAUUUUUAAUUUCACAGGAAGUUGAAUUCACAUGACUAAACUCGGAAUUUAAUGCGUACAGAUCAUUCAGCAAUCUGACAGGCCUCUGAUGAAUGAUUCUGAUUCUUCUGAAGGUUACUGUGUAUAUAUAAAUAUGUGUGUGUGUAGAAGACGCGGGUGCAGAUUGUAUUU